AUGAAGUCCGCCCUCGUCGCCGCAGCUGUGCUGCUCGGCUCCUCUCAGGCUGCCGUCCACAAGAUGAAGUUGAAGAAGAUCUCCCUCGAGGAGCAGUUGGCCAGCGUCCCCAUCGAGGCCCAGGUCCAGAACAUCGGCCAGAAGUAUAUGGGCGGUGCUCGCUCUGAGAUCAGGGAUCACCUCGAUGCCGUCUUCAACACUAAUGUCGAAGCCAACGGAGGUCACCCCGUUCCCGUGAGCAACUUCCUCAACGCUCAAUACUUCUCCGAGAUCACGAUCGGAAGCCCUCCCCAGACCUUCAAGUGCGGAAGCAUCGCUUGCUACCUCCACAACAAGUACGACUCUGGCGAGUCCUCUACUUACAAGGCCAAUGGCACCGAGUUCGAGAUUCACUAUGGCUCUGGCAGCCUUUCAGGCUUCGUCUCCCAGGACACCAUGACCAUUGGUGACCUCAAGAUCAAGAACCAAGACUUUGCCGAGGCGACUAAGGAGCCCGGUCUUGCCUUUGCCUUUGGCCGCUUCGACGGUAUCCUCGGUCUCGGCUAUGAUACCAUCUCUGUCAACCGCAUGCCCGUCUUUGCCUUCUACCUCGCCAACGAGGAGGGUGAGAGCGAGGCCAUCUUCGGUGGUAUCGACAAGUCCCACAUUGAUGGUGACAUCACCUACAUUCCCCUCCGCAGGAAGGCUUACUGGGAGGUCGAUCUCGACUCUAUCGCCUAUGGCGACGAGGUUGCCGAGCUCGAGGACACUGGCGUCAUUCUUGACACCGGUACCUCUCUUAACAUCCUUCCCUCUUCUCUUGCCGAGCUCCUGAACAAGGAGAUGGGCGCCAAGCGCGGCUACAACGGCCAGUACACCAUUGACUGCAGCCGCAAGAGCGAGCUUCCCGACAUCACCUUUGAGCUUGCCGGCUACAAGUUCCCCCUCAGCGCCGACGACUACAUCCUUGAGCUUCAGGGUAGCUGCAUCUCUACCUUCCAGGGCAUGGACUUCCCCGCCCCCACCGGCCCCUGGCCAUUCUUGGAGAUGCUUUCCUCCGCCGAUACUACUCCAUCUAUGACCUCGGCAACCACCGCGUCGGUGAGCCUACCUGUCCGCGCCGAGCCUAUCGAGUCGCGCUCCAUCGCCAAGUUAUCGGAGCGACGACCCGACCUUUUCACCCACAACGCAGCCAUGGCGCAGCCAGGGGUGGCCGAGGUGAACGGGCCUACCACCCACGACUCCGUCAAGGUUGAGCAUCAGCCUUCGCCCGCGAUCCAAUCUCUAGAAGCCCAGCAACACGCCCAGCAACACGCCCAGCAGCCCGCCGACAUGUCCAUCGCCGUCGCCAGCAAGCGAAAACGCGACGAUGAAACUGAUGCCGGACAAACCGCGCAGGGCGAGAGGCCGACUUCCAAUGGAACGCCAGCCAUCAACGGCUCUUCCGCACCCGCCCUAAAACACACCAAGGCGGAGAUCGAGACCUUUCUAAAGCUUCUCCAAAGCCUUUACACAACCUGUCCCCUCGGUGGACGGCGCUCCACCUGCAAAGCGCGCAAGGUCCGAAGAUGCGACAAGCCCCCGCCAGAAACCAUCGCCGAGAGGGUCACUCAAGGAGUGUAUGCGAAUAUUCAAGAGCUGGCGAAUGAUUUGACGGCGAUCACUCGCUCGCGCCUCACAAGUUCCCUUCCCCUCGAGCAGACCCAGGCCGUGUUUACUCUGCAUAACCAAUGCCGCAAAUACUGCAAGCUUGAGAUCGCAUACCCUCACGCGAAGCCAAUCACCUCGCCCACUCCGACGAAACAGAAUCUGCUUGCGGUCACUGUUCCCGGUCGAAAUGAGGAGCCCAUCACGCUCUUCGCAAGCCCUCUCACGACCAAAGACGUAUUGGACAGGACGGAAACGCUCGCGCACAAGCUUCCAUCCGGCAUCAAGUCAACCGUCAUGAUCUCGGGCGGGGAUGGUGUCGAGAAGAAGCUGCCCGUUAAAGUACCCAAGACACUUGGCGAAACCCUUCCUGCACCCAAGAACCGCCUUCCUCUUAUGCCCACAGCCGCGAAACAGGCACAGGCGAAGCCCAACGCCAAAGAGAACGUGCUUGGCUUCCAGCAACCGAAACCUCACAAUCCUUGGACGAAGUGGUCGAAUGCAUACCCUAAUCAGACUAUUGAUAAGGCGAUUGAGGCGAAACCUGUGGAAAUCGAGAUUGAUCCGGCUCUCAUCGAAACUGUGAUCACGGAGUUGGGCGACGAUGCAAAGAUGACUGUGUUUGAGCCACCACCGGCCACCGUGAAGACCGCCGCUGACCAGGACGUGGACGAUUUGCUUGAAGAGGUGCAUGAUCUGAUUCUCACCCUUUCCUCGUUCCAGCACAUCCGCAACAUCACCAAGUCUGUUACUUCCACCAACAGGCUGGCUGUAGGUGAGACAGAUAUGCUUACCAACAGCCAACUGCCUUCGCCGUCCGAGGAUGAGCUCGCCACCUAUGAGACGCUCAAGACCCUGCUGCAAUCCAUCAUUCGGAGCCUACCACCUUACGCCGUUGCGAAGCUGCAGGGAGACCAGCUGAAUGACUUGCUCGUGAGCACAAGGGUCCCCAUCGAGCUCGAAGAGUACAACGGUAUCAUGGCGGAGGAUGAGGCCGCGGCCCAGGAACGUUUGAGGCUGGAAGUCCAGCAUAAGAUGCAGCAACAACAGCAGCAACAACAAAAGAUGCAGCAGGCCGCCAACACGAACGCUGCCUCGCGCGCAUCCGCGCAUCGUGCUCACAAUGCGACGCCAUAUAACGCUAAUCAGUACCACCCUGGCAAUCCCGCUCAGUACACGCCUCACCCGCAAGCCAGGACCCCCGUUCCCCAGACUCACUAUUACAGGUCCGUAUCGAGCCAGCCGGUCCCCUCGCCUCAGGCCCAACCGCCUCGGCCCAUUCCUCCCCAACAGUCGCCCUCGCAGCACCACAUUCAGCCGCAAAGGGCCAUAAGCCAGCAGUAUCGAGCCAAUGGCUACACUGCGCCAUUUGCUCCUCAGCUAGCUAAGACCCAGACGCCGUACGGCCAUCAAGGCAUGCAGCACCACACCCCGAACCAGCGGCCGCAGCCCUCCCUGCACCCUAUGCUGCCGCACCCCAGCAUCGAAGCCCAAGUGCGACGUAUGCCAACCCAUACCAGCAGGUUCAGCCUGCUCAGCAAGUGCAGCCAGCAUACCCGCAACAGCAGGUACCCCGAGUUCCGGUUCAGUAUGCCGCCUACCCCAACGGCGGCGUCCCGCAACGCACAGCGUCACCGCACAUGCCCCAACAGCCCCAAGGCUAUGCACCAAACCCCAGGCGCCGCCGCAGCGCUAUGGCACCCUGUUCAGCACCAGAUGCAAAACGUACACAGGUCCCCGAUGCCUCGGGCUGCGAGCGUUUCGGGAACGCCGCAUAUGCCUAGUGGUGUUAGCACCGCCCCUGGACUCACUGGAUACCACACAGUAAUGACGGACAGCCAACAGCAGCGCAUGCUGGAGCAAGCGCGCGCGGCGGCUAGGGAUGGAAACAGCGGAUACAAUUCGCCCGUGUCCGGUCUCGCCGGAAUUGGGCUAGGUGCCCCCGUGCAGCAUAGGAUCAUGAACGGUGGUUCUCAAGGUGGCUCCCCCAUCGUCCAGCACCAGAUUCCAGCCAAGGUUUCUCCCGUUCCCGUCCCAAUCAUCCCAUCGGUGCCUAGGGCGUCUCCUGUCCACCUUGGCCAGCCCGAUCAGAGGCAGGGUCUGACCCCGCAACCGGCGCCUCAAAUGAUGCCUCGGCCAGACGGACCGGUUCCCAUGAGCCAAUAA